UAGUGGUACAAGCCCAAUAUAUUUAAGUUUCAGUUCUCGCUCGGCGUUAUGUGACGGACAAGCAUGGACAUCUGAUAAAUAAAAGCCCACUUGACGAGCUGCCUUUCAAAGUCGCUUAUUACACUCAAGGGGUAUGAUUUGAUCAACGGUGAAAGUGGCAGAUAAGUAGGCCUUAUAUAAAAGUUUAGUAGGCUUGGAUGGCAGGAUCUUUGAUUUAUAUGACCUAUGUACUUCGAUACAUUCUGGUGCGCCUAGCGUGCGCUUGGAGUUUCACAAACGAGUUUUACACAACAGACGGAUUUCAAAAGGAUGGCACUUUGAUCACCGACAAAGACUAAACAAGUCUGGAGCAGUCAAGUGUGAAAUACAAUGGGAUAAUUUACAACCACCAUUAUUUCGAAGCCUGGGCAUUCAGAGUUGUCCGCUUUAUAAACCCAGGGAGAGGAAGAGAAAGAGCACACUUUCUGAGACGUUCGAUACCAUGAAGAUGCAGCCUACACGAGUUAAUCUUUCUUCCCAAGCGCGUUUGCAUGUACACCAAACCAGAAGGCAAAUUUGAAGAUCUACCUAACGUCAUAUAUAACUGCAAACUGCAACGGAAUAAAUCAGUGCGCUUUCUCUCUCUCUCUCUCUUCACACACUCGCUCGCUCGCACUGUCUCUCUCUCUCUCACACACACACACACACACAUACACACACACAUACUCACACCUUUUUUCUUUCUAAAGCCCCUUGUGAAGUCGAUUGACAGGCAAGAAUGAAAAUGAGGCGGACACUUGGUCACGACUUCAGUGCAAACGCGUCCUUUUGAGGAGACCUCUAAACUUGGAUCAUAUCACCAUGGGAGCUAUUUGUAUUGCAAGGGACUUCUGUUUGUUUUUGCUCUUGUUAAAUACUCGCCAAAGCGCUGCGCUUCCAGAGAACCGAGACCCAUGUGCAGAGGGAAGUGAUGGCUGUCACAUUGACGCUAUUUGUCAGAAUGCUCAAGGCUCAUACAAGUGCACGUGUAAAGCAGGCUUUAAAGGGGAUGGUAAACACUGUGAAGACAUUGAUGAAUGCGAUAUGGACUACAAUGGUGGCUGUGUGCACGAAUGUAACAACAUACCAGGCAAUUAUCGUUGCACUUGCCAUGAUGGAUUCAAUUUAGCACACGAUGGACAUAAUUGUCUAGAUGUGGAUGAGUGUGUGUUCAACAAUGGAGGAUGCCAGCAUACAUGUGUCAACACCAUGGGCAGCUAUGAAUGCAGUUGUAAAGAAGGAUCUUUCCUAAGUGACAACCAGCACACUUGUAUUCAACGUUCUGUGGAGGGCCUCAGCUGUAUGAACAAGGAGCAUGGCUGUGCUCACAUCUGUAAGGAGACUCCCAAGGGGGGCGUGGCCUGUGAGUGCCGCCCGGGGUUUGAGCUGGCCAGGAACCAGAGAGGAUGUAUCCUAACCUGUAACCAUGGUAACGGGGGCUGCCAGCACACCUGUGAGGACACAGAGCAGGGGCCAACGUGCAGGUGUCACGUGAGGUACACCCUGCAUCCUGAUGGGAGAACCUGUGUAGAGCGAGACGAGGCCACCACCGAGCCAUCGGACCACAACGCCACGUCCUUCGCCGAAGUGGACAAGCGGGUCAAACGCAGGCUGCUAAUGGAGACCUGUGCUGUGAACAAUGGCGGGUGUGACUGCACCUGUAAGGACACAUCCACGGGCGUGCGCUGCAGCUGCCCUGUGGGCUUCACACUGCAGCCAGACGGCAAGACCUGCAAAGAUAUCGACGAGUGCGAGCUCCACAACGGUGGCUGUGAACACUUCUGCAAGAACACCAUUGGCAGCUUCCUGUGUCACUGUAGGAAGGGCUUCAAGCUGCUCACUGACGAGCGUUCCUGCCAAGAUAUAGACGAGUGCUAUUUCGAGAGGACAUGUGACCACACGUGUGUGAACUCCCCUGGCGCUUUUGAGUGCGUGUGCAACAAAGGAUACACCCUGUACGGACUGGCCCACUGUGGAGAUAUAAACGAGUGCAGCGUGAACAAUGGAGGUUGUGAGCAGGGCUGUGAGAACACCCUGGGAGGGUUUGAAUGCCACUGCCACCCUGGUUAUAAGCUGCACUGGAACAAAAAGGAUUGUGUUGAGGCUGAGGGUUUACAACCAGCACAGCCCCCCUCUAAACCUACCUUGAACUGCAGCAAGCUGGAGGGAGGUGACAGCUGCUUCCUAACUUGCCAGUCCCAGUUUCACAUCAGCAGUGGGACUGGGGAUUCCUAUACAGUGACCUGUGGAAUGCCUCUGCCCUGCCUGACCGGAGCACAAAGGAACAACAGUGGCUCGUAUUGCACGGGAUCAGAAGUGUCAAGUGUUCCACGGAUUAAGGCCACGGCCACUUUUAAGUCUGGCCCGGGAAAGUGCAACCUGAAGCGGAGUCAGGACAGGCUGAGAGAGGCCUUGAGCACGGCUCAGUCAGACAGCAGGUCACCCUUCACAGAGAACGUCCAGUUCAGUUACGUGAGCCUGCACUGCGACUCGUCUGGCCGCCGUCUGCGAAGCCGCCACGGCAGGAAGGCCGGGGAAGAAGACGGCUCCUCCAUCACCGCCGAGUUUGAGCUGGAUGUGAACCUAGAGGAGGUAACAGCAGAGAGCUGUGACCUGGGCUGUGUUCGUCGACGCUCAGAGAAGAGACUGAGGAAGACCAUCCGUACCCUAAGGAAGUCCAUCAACAGAGAACAGUUCCACCUCCACUUUGCCGGCUCUGACUACGAGCUAGCCAAACGGCUGGCCCAGCCCGUGGACCUGCCAGAACACUGUGGGACAGGACAGGUGCUGGUGGACCGAAAGUGCGUGAGCUGCACGGUUGGAACGUACCACGACGGGGAUCAGGGAAGGUGUGUUCUGUGUCCAACUGGAACAUACCAAGAUGAGGAGGGGCAGAUGUCCUGCGAGCUCUGUCCGGGGCCCGAGGUGCAUGGGGGCACCAAGACUGUGGGAGCGCGGAACAUCUCAGAGUGUGGCGGUCAGUGUCUCCCUGGCCAGUACUCCCACGACGGCUUCCUGCCCUGCUUCUCCUGUCCCCUGGGCACCUACCAGCCCGAGGUGGGUCGUACCUCCUGCUUCCCAUGUGGAGGGAGUCUGGUCACCAAACACCACGGAGCCGUGUCCUUCCAGGAGUGUGAGACCAAAGUCCAGUGCUCCCCCGGACACUUCUACAACACUAGUACACACCGCUGCAUCCGCUGCUCAGUGGGCACCUACCAAGUGGAAUUUGGUCUGAACUACUGCACCGCCUGUCCAGGGAACACCACCACUGACUUUGACGGCUCCACCAACAUCAUGCAGUGCAAAAACCGGCAGUGUGGAGGGGAGCUGGGAGAUUUCACUGGCUACAUCGAGUCCCCCAACUACCCGGGGAACUACCCGGCCAACGUGGAGUGCACCUGGACCAUCAACCCGCCGCCUAAACGCAGGAUCCUUAUCGUGGUCCCAGAGAUCUUCCUCCCCAUCGAGGAUGAGUGUGGAGACUACCUGGUCAUGAGGAAGAGCUCUCUUCCCAACUCUGUGACAACUUAUGAGACGUGCCAGACAUACGAACGGCCCAUUGCUUUCACCUCCCGUUCCAAGAGGCUGUGGAUCCAGUUCAGAUCCAAUGAGGGGAACAGUGGGAAGGGCUUCCAGGUUCCCUACGUCACCUAUGAUGAAGAUUACCAGGAACUAAUAGAAGACAUAGUCAGAGACGGAAGGUUGUAUGCAUCGGAGAAUCACCAGGAAAUUCUCAAGGACAAGAAGCUCAUGAAGGCACUGUUUGAUGUUUUAGCCCAUCCACAGAAUUUCUUCAACUACACAGCACAAGAGUCAAAAGAAAUGUUCCCCAAAUCAUUCAUCCGAUUCCUACGCUCCAAGGUCUUGAGAUUCCUACGUCCUUAGAAGCUAUUCGUUGCCACCGCCUUACUCUGUGGAACUUUCAUGAACAGUUUCUAUCUUAGUUAGUGGCUUCAGCUUUUAUGUUCUCCACUGACCAAUACACACAUAUCUUUUAGUUAUCCUGUCCUAUGAGGAUCGAUGACAAGAGUGGACUGUACACUUAAUGUAGUUAUUUUGAUGAAACAAACCAAUCAGGCAUUUCUCACAGUAAUUUCCUGUUGGCCCUUAAGGAAAGCGAUUAAUUCUGGAACAAAGUGGCAGGUUCUGACACCACUCCUUGCCCUUGCUUCCGCAGGAUCAUCAAAUUAUGUGCUUGAGCUUGUUGAAUGUUAGGCUGAUUCUGAAUAGUCUUUUCAAUGUUUGACUCUGAAGUUACAAACCGCUUCUAUAUUCAACCUUUGUUUGGUGAUGCCCAAGAGCUUUAAGCCAUCCUUUCGUUUUCUAGCAAUAUGAAUGCAUCAGUUUGAACACUGGUAAAUAUAUUCAUGAAAAUUCAUGAUGUAUCUAUAUCUUCACCAAUAGCAUAGAAGGCAAGUGUCACCUGACACUAGUUAUGUGAGAUUUAUACUGAAUGUCAACAAGAUAGAUAGUGUGUACUUAUAACAUACUUAACAAGUUUACUGUUUCACAUUUAGAAGAUAACUGGCUGAAUGAGAUGCAAAACAAAUAUAGCACAAAUGUGACCUUAUCCUGGGAACAUUAUAGCACUACAAGGAAUGUAGUGACACUGCAAAAGCAAUUAUUCCUAUGAAUGUUUUGUAUAUGAUGUAAAAAGUCUGUGAUAAUGAUAAUGUAUUGUAGUUAACUGCAUUCCUGGUAUUAGUAGUUCUGACACAUUAACACAUACUCACAUGUAUGGUGGCUGCUUCAAAAUCAUGUAUAAUUAUUAUUUUUCUUUCGAAAUCAUGGUUUUGCCUUAUAACUGGACAAUAGACAAGACCUUGCUCUGUCAAAUUACUAAUGUACCAGGACCACCAACAGCUACCAAAGACACUCUUCACUCACAAAAUGGAGUGAUGGAGUAGCCUUCAUACUCAAGUAGACCAUUACUGUACGAGGGUGACGGAGUGAAGUGACGGAGUGAGUGGAUUGUAAAAUAGAAUUGCUCUAUAUUCACUUAUGUUUUAGUAAAUAAAUGUAUGUCUAUAUUUUUUGUACAUUUAACAUGUUGUAAAUAAAGCGAAU